AUGAACAUCCCCCCAGCUACAAACAUUUCGAAUUUGAGGGAACAGGUCCUAAUUGCGCUCUUCGGUGACGGUGUUCUCAAUACCGAAGUUGGGGGCAAGGACAUAGUCAUUCUGGUGGAUGGAGAUCGUCAAUUGUUCAACGCCUUAGAAACGGACACAUUGAAACUGCUGCAACACACACGCAAAUGCCCAGCUUCAAUCCUCUCAAAAAUCAGUGAAUACUCCAAGGCUGUUCGGAAGUAUGUCGAGGAUCAUUCGACGACCACAACUGGAAAGGAAAAGCACGUAUUCUCCGACAAAACCGAGCAAACGAUUACUCGUCAAGGUACACCCAGAGUACUUUCUGAUGACUCAGCAAUCAUUAACACGUUAUCUCUCGGGACGGAUAUCGGCGAGAGUCAUGGAGUAGAUGGCAGCACGUUUUUCGACGCUGAUAUUCGGGCUGCUGAAAUAAUAGGUCAUGUCUACAAUCACCUAGGCUUCUGGGAAACUGGUGUGCUUAGUCAAUCUUUCGAUCCUACUCUGACAAAGCGCCUCGCUAAGGAAAAUUGCCUUCCCUUUGUCGACGUGUUUCCUUGGUUCGUCAAACAUAAAGAUGACUACGAAAUGGCUGGUCAUUUCACAGCUGUGUAUAUGAACGCAGUAAAGCCUUUCAUUGUCCUCGCAUAUGGAGUUCUUCCGACUUAUGUAGCGACGAACAACUUCAAAUCGUUCACUUUGAACGACUAUGAGAGCGACAAGACCGCAGAGCGACGACGGUUCGGCCACGGGCACUGGGUGAAGAACAUCAUGGGUAUUCCGCAACUUGCUUCUUUCAACAGUGGCACUGGCUCUACAGUAGGAAAGGAAUGCGUAGUUCUCCCAUCAUGCCAUCCCGGUCUUCUCGGUCAUGUCGGAAUUCGCAAGGAAAAACUGACUCGCUUAUUGGUCAUGAUCUCUGGUCUUGCUUGGAGUGCCGCAACCCUCGCGAUUCAAUUGGAUCGGGAUGAGCCUAGCUUGACACGGAAGCAAAAAUGCAACAAAAUCAUCGGGAGCUUGGCGAGCAAGCUGAAGAAGAACACCAUGUUCGGCCAGGCAUUUCAAAGAGCAAAAGAGGAGUAUGUUCUAGCUAAUGUUGCAUGGAGCCAAGGCAAAUUGACUCGUCAAGAUGUCGGCGUUAUCAGGGCACCGAAUCGAAAACUACUUCCUGGGAAAGUUGACAGGUCCAGCAGUUCGCGUAUCAAACAAGAGGCGGAAAUUUUACGAGACAUUGGUAGUUCAUUUGAGGUGGUCAUCACAGAAGAGCCUUGGGACGGUGCUGGCGGGAAAGAUAGAACGCGAUUCCGAUUGACCUGGAAAGAAGACGACGAUCAGGAAUGGUCAAUCGCACCAGUCAUACUUCCCGCCAAUGUUUUUCCCACAGAAGAAAACGAUAAGCGCUUCCUCUGCUACACACCUACAGGCAUCGAUAUCUGCAACAAUGCUGGUUUGUCACUCGGCGAUAGGAAGCCUUUUGCUAAUGGGGCUACAAAAUCUGAGACGAUCCCGAUUGCUAGUCUUGUCAUUACACUUAGCGAACAAGCAAAUGCCGCCACAUUUUUCGAACACUGGGAAGAGCUCACUGGAAUGAGCAUUGGCGAUAUUCUCCGAUCUUCUCCGACAUCAACUAAUGUUCCAAGCGGCCACGAGACCUACUAUCCAGCGUCCUUCUUCGCAAAUUCAAAAAGUAAGCGAGCCUUACCUUUCACAUCCGCAACCUUGAGUGCCCAAGGGUAUGAUAUAUAUCUUAACAAGGUAAAGAAGGACUUGCCUGCUUUUCCAGGAGAUCUAUUGUGGUUGAUAGACCGGUUUCUCUCGGACAAAUUUCCGGAAGGAGGCGAGCUUGACCUAAUCAACGCUUCCAUCCACGGUAACUCUGUAUACAAGCACAUUGCCACUUUCUGUUCGAAAGCAAAGUACAAGUAUCAUCCUCAUUUUCGUACUUUCUUGGCUUUAGCAAGCAUGGCUGAGAUGGGUCUUGACGAGCGAAAUGUUUCUAGCUAUGCACUCACCCUAGCUGCAGAGAUCUUGCGAGGUCCAUUCGUUUCGAGAAAGAGCAAGACUGCAAAUAUCAAAGUAGAAGGCCAGAAUCGAUCCGCAUCUCGCUUUGUACUCACAAUCAAAAAAGAUCGCCCAGAGAAUGUCAUUCAUCAAGAAGAUGAACCAGAGUUGGAGCAAGACGUGGAGGUUUUGGAUGAUCUCACUGACAAGGAAGGCGAUCUCACUACAGAUGAUCGAGAGAGCAUGAUGGAUGAAGGCGAGGAUGUCGGUCAGAUUAUGGAGCGAGGAAUGAAGCGUGGGCGUGACGUUCAUGAUGAUGAUAAUGGAGAAGGAUCGAGCAAAGCAGCUUCUAAAGCGGUGAAGGGUAAAAAAGAUCUCGAUACCACGAAGGUGACGAGUUAAUGUUUGGCUGAAGACUCGUAGCCUCAUGGCAGGAAUGUAUUCAAAGACGCGGUGCAGAUGAACCGAGUACGGCGGGAGAAUGAUCGUCUGGAAGGUUAAGCACCAAGGCAGAUGACAGGUAAGACGCUACACGAUGGGUUUGUAUUACCUAAUCUACUACAUUAAAGAUCAAAAUGGUAGACAGAAUGUAGAAAGACCCAGUAUCAAAGGUGUGGGUAC